UGCGAGUUCAGUCGCGAAUGAGAUGAGGAGUGAGUCGGUGCGAGCGUGAAUGUUACGUAACUCUGAUGACCUAAGUUCUUAUAUUAAUUCUGUGGUCACUUUUUUAUAAAUUUUAUUUGAAUCGCCACAAUGGAGGAUAAGCAAAGAUGUCAACUCAAUCCCAAGAAACAAUCUAUUCAUCCAAAACAGAAAGCCGGUUUUUUAUCUAACGUUUUCUUUUGUUGGGCUUUACCUCUAUUUGUGAAAGGUUUUAAAAAAGAUCUUACCGAGGAUGAUCUUUACGGACCACUUAAAGCUCAUGACUCAAAACGGUUAGGAGACUUAUUAGAGGAAGCGUGGUUUAAGGAAGAGACUACGCGCCAUAAACCCUCAUUUUGGCGGGCUAUUAUUAAAGUUUUUGGGAGGGAGUUUGGACUACUUGGAAUAUACGUUGCUGUGAUAGAAUUUUUUAUAAGAUUGUCUCAACCUUUAUUCCUUGGAAAAUUAAUGGAGUAUUAUACGCCUAACCAAACGUCGAUGUCUAAAAACACCGCUUACUGCUACGCGGUCGGGAUUGUUGCAAUGUCUUUCGCAAACGCACUAUUAGGUCAUUCUUGUGUUUUUGGUCUAAUGCAUUUAGGAAUGAAAGUUCGAGUAGCGAGUUGUUCACUGAUUUACCGAAAAGCUCUUAGACUAAGCAAAAGUGCUUUGGUUGAUACUACAGUUGGUCAAAUGGUCAAUUUAUUAUCAAACGACGUUAAUCGUUUUGACAUGAGUGUUAUCCAUCUACACAAUCUAUGGGUGGCUCCCUUUCAAGUUGUUGUUAUGGUAUAUUUGCUUUACACCACUGUGGGCCCCACCUCGCUUGUUGGAGUAGGAUUUUUAUGCCUCUUCAUACCUUUUCAAAUGUAUCUGGCCAAAAGAAUUUCAGUCUAUAGACUUCGAACAGCUCUAAAAACAGACCAGAGAGUGCGUCUUAUGAAUGAAAUCAUUUGUGGUAUUCAAGUUAUUAAAAUGUAUACUUGGGAAAAACCAUUUGCUAAAUUAGUUCAAGUGGCUAGGAAAUUGGAAGUACAACAAAUCAAGGCUGCCUCCUACAUUCGCGCUAUCAAUCUUUCUUUAAAUAUAUUCCUAAACAGAACUGCAAUUUUCUUAUGCGUGUUGACCUACAUUUUAACUGGUAACACAUUGCAUUCUCAAUAUGUUUAUGUCGUGACGUCAUAUUAUGGCGUUUUAAGACAAUCCAUAGUAAUGUUUUUACCACAAGCUAUUACUACGUUGGCCGAAACUAACGUUUCUGUAAAAAGAAUUGAAAAAUUUUUAACCUCCGAAGAACUACAAAGCAAAAAACAACUCCUGCUUGGUAUGAAUACUCACGAUUUUGAUCUAAAAAACAAGAAAGAAAAGAACGGAUCCAUUGCUCUUAUACAGGAAAAACAGCUAAAUGUUGGUGUACAAAUGAAAGAUGUCUCAGCAAAAUGGGUCUCAUCAUCGGCGGAUUAUAUACUGACUAACAUCAGCAUGAGUGUGGGUUCUAACGAGUUGGUGGCAAUCGUUGGUCCUGUUGGAAGUGGCAAAACAACUCUUUUACAUGUGAUUUUAAAAGAACUGUUAUUGAGUCAAGGAAAUUUAGAUGUUGGUGGAACAAUUUCCUACGCCUCUCAGGAACCGUGGCUCUUUGGUGGCAGUAUUAAACAGAAUAUAUUAUUUGGUCAAAAGAUGGACAUUAAACGGUACAAGGAGGUUGUACGGGUUUGUGCCUUGGAGCGCGAUUUUUCUUUAUUUCCUUAUGGUGAUAGAACAAUAGUCGGGGAGCGUGGGGCUAUGUUGAGCGGAGGCCAAAAAGCACGUAUUAAUUUGGCUAGGGCUAUAUAUAAAGAAGCCGACAUCUAUCUUCUUGAUGAUCCUCUAUCAGCUGUUGAUACUCAUGUAGGAAAACAAUUGUUUGAAGAUUGCAUCGCUGGUUAUUUGAAUAAUAAAUGUGUAAUUUUGGUUACACAUCAACUGCAAUAUCUACGAACCGUAAACAAAAUUUAUUUAUUGGACAAUGGAAAAGUGAUCAUUAGCGGAACAUACAGUGAACUGAAAAAGUCUGAUGAAGAAUUUCUUAAACUUUUAGAAGACGAAACUGAAGAAGAAAUUGAAGAUGAAAGGAGAGUUUCAGUGAAAAAAGCAAAAUCUCUAAAGAGUCUAGAAACUUUGGAAAUGCCGGCAGAACUAAAAGAACAACGUGGAAGUGGUAACAUAUCUGGAAAAAUUUAUAAGAGCUAUAUGAAAGCUGGCGGAAGUUUCAUUUCCUCUUCCCUCUGUGUAUUUUUGUUUGUUUUGGCUCAGUUGGGUGCAAGCGGUACAGAUUAUUUUUUGUCGUUUUGGGUUAACUUAGAGCAAGAACGUUUGGAAACCAAUACUACAGUUCUUGCUAAUGCUGAAUUUAACGACACAUACUAUAAAGAAGAAUUUCGAGAAUUAUUUUUUAAUUCAGAAAACUGCCUGUACAUUUAUACUGCUUUAAUCAUCUUUGUCAUCGUUAUAACUUUGACGCGAUCUUUGAAUUUCUUCAGAUUUUGUAUGAAGGCUUCACGAAAUUUGCAUGAUUGGAUGUUUUCAAGAGUUGUCCAUACAUUUAUGAGGUUUUUUAAUACUAAUCCUUCUGGAAGAAUUCUUAACAGAUUUUCAAAAGAUAUGGGAUCUAUUGAUGAGAUCCUUCCACAAACUGUAGUGGAUACUUUGCAAAUUGGUCUUAUCGCACUUUUUGUCAAUAUCGUUAUUGCCACUGUGAAUACAUGGAUUCUGAUUCCUAGUGUGAUAAUAUUUGGAUUGUUUUACGCAUAUCGAAUAGUGUUUUUGGCCACAAGUCGGGAUCUUAAAAGGAUGGAAGGAACAACUCGAAGUCCGGUUUUCACACAUAUGACGGCAUCUUUGCAAGGGUUAACGACAAUAAGAGCUUUUGGAGCGCAAGAAAUUCUUCGAGCUGAAUUUGAUCAACAUCAAGAUCUACACAGUUCAGCCUUUUACUUGUUCAUGGGGUGUAACAGAACUUUUGGGUUUUGGUUGGACAUACAUUGUGUCAUCUAUAUUGGUUUAGUUACUCUUAGUUUUCUUUUCAUUGGAACUGAAACGUAUGGAGGAAACGUCGGUUUGGGGAUAACACAAGCAAUUACUUUAACGGGAAUGUUUCAAUGGGGAAUGCGCCAAUGGAGCGAACUUGAAAAUCAAAUGACUUCCGUAGAGCGUGUCGUCGAGUACACAGAGGUCGAAGUUGAGCAUGAUGAUGCAACUAAAAAGCCGCCACAAGAUUGGCCUACCAUGGGCAUCAUUGAAUUUCGCUCGGUAUCAAUGCGAUACGCGGCAGAAGAGCCUAUGGUGCUUAAGAAAUUGAAUUUUAAAGUAAAUUCGGGCGAAAAAGUGGGAAUUGUGGGUAGAACAGGUGCCGGAAAGUCUUCUUUAAUAUCAGCUUUGUUCCGAUUAGCUGACAUCGAGGGUGCCAUAUUGAUUGAUAACAUUGAUACCAAACAAAUUUCUUUGGAAUGUCUUCGUUCAAAAAUAUCUAUAAUACCUCAAGAGCCAGUAUUAUUCUCAGGCACUUUGAGAAAGAAUUUAGAUCCUUUUGACGAAUUCAACGAUGAAGAGUUGUGGGACGCUUUGGAAGAAGUUGAAUUGAAGAAUGCAAUUUCGGAUCUUCCUGCCGGGUUGCAUUCUAACGUAUCAGAAGGUGGCACAAAUUUCAGUGUCGGACAAAGACAGCUGCUGUGUUUGGCCAGGGCAGUAGUUCGUAGUAACAAAAUAUUGGUUUUGGAUGAAGCUACCGCUAAUGUUGAUCCGCAGACGGAUGAGUUGAUACAAUCUACGAUUAGGAGAAAAUUCAAGGAUUGCACUGUGCUAACGAUUGCUCAUAGACUGCAUACUGUGAUGGAUUCCGACAAAAUACUUGUGAUGGACGCUGGACAAGCUGCUGAAUUCGAUCAUCCACAUGUCCUUUUACAAAACAAAGAAAGCAUAUUUUACGGACUUGUUCAACAAACAGGAAAAGGAAUGGCUGACAAUCUUAUGAAAAUUGCAGCAGAGGCCCAUGCAAAAGUUCCUAAAGUGUGAUUAAGAAUUUACUUUAUUUAUAUUGUACUUAAUAUAAAUAUAGGAUAAUAAAAUAUUUUUGAAAA